AUGCCUAGAUCUUCUAAAAUUGAUGAAUCGCGCGUUGCCGAGGCCUGCGAAGCGGCCAAUGCCCUCAAAAAGCCGAAUAUAUCGUGUAUUGCACGCAAUUUCGGCGUUCCCUAUCAAACCCUCUAUCGACGCGUCCGUGAGGGUAGAACGUCGAUUUCAGGUCGAAAACCUACCAAUAUGGCACUGAAAGAUGAACAGGAACAGGUCUUAGUAGGCUGGGUCCUGUUUACGGAGAGCGUGAAUAUGCCUAUUACGCCUGCUAUCUUGCAAGAUGCAGCAAAUGCUAUCUUUUGCGUAUAUCGCUUCAUGAAACGUCACAAGAACCCCAAACCUAUAUCCCAAAAGCCAAAGGAUGAGAAGCGUAUCUCUGCUGAAGAUGCUGGAGCUCUUGAGCAGUGGUAA